CGGCGGCUGUGCAUCCAAUCUCUAGUCUCGCAGUUUCAUUAAUAAAAGUCCAAGUCAAGAGAACUUGUUGGUGGAAACAGAAGAUAAACGAAGCAAAAUCUGCUUGCAGUUUCAGAUGAAUCGAAUCCUUGAAACCAUGUUCUACAAAUGCCAUGUGGGAAUAUUUUUGCUCAUGAUCAAAGUUGCAGCUUCGAUUGAAAAUGGUUUUGUCUUCAAUGGAAAUUUCGAUCUAGGUGGUGUAGCUGAGCUCUCUCAAAAGGGUCUCUUCAGGCUCACUAACUCCUCAACAUUUGGUAUUGGCCGUGCUUUCUUUUCUCAGCCACUGAGCUUCAAGAAUUCAUCGAACGGUACCUCAGUCUCCUUUUCUACCACUUUCGUAUUUGCCUUCGUCGUUGAUCAAGGGCGUCUCCCUGGUCAUGGGAUGGCCUUUAUGAUCGCACCUUCGAAGAACUUAACUGGAGCUUCAUCAGCUCAACAUUUGGGCUUAUUUAACCUCACAAAUAAUGGAGACCCGUCAAAUCAUGUAGUGGCCAUUGAGCUAGACACGUUCCAAAAUCAAGAGUUCAAUGACAUCAAUGGUAACCAUGUUGGCAUCGACGUCAACAGCUUAGAAUCAGUCAAAUCUGCCCCUGCAGGUUAUUUCGAUAAUGAAAAUAGGGAAUUCAAGAAUCUUGUUCUUUCUAGUGGAGAACCAAUGCAGGCUUGGGUGGAAUAUGAUGCCCCAGAAACUCAACUUAAUGUGACUUUAGCUCCAAUCCAUACAGGUAAGCCAGACCUCCCCCUUUUGUCUUUGAACAUAGAUAUUUCACCGAUCAUUUUAGAGCAAAUGUAUGUGGGGUUUUCUUCCUCAACCGGCCAACUAGUACAAUCUCAUUAUGUUUUGGGUUGGAGCUUUCGGCUUGAUGGGAAAGCCCCAGAACUUGAUCUUUCACAGCUUCCAUCUUUUAGUGGUGAAGAACAACCCCAGAGGAAAGAAAGGGAAUUGGUUGUCGGGUUGUCCGCAACCGGAGUAGUCCUGUUGAUCAUAGUUACAAUCUCCAUCAGCAUCAUCCUUUGGAGGAGAAAAAAGGCUCAAUUCACUGAGAUACUAGAAGAUUGGGAGGUGCAGUAUAGAUCUCAUAGAUUCUCGUACAAGGACUUGUUUGAGGCCACCAAAGGUUUUUGCGAAACGGAGCUUCUCGGAAAAGGAGGUUUUGGAAAAGUAUAUAGAGGUGUUUUGCCUGGGUCAAAUGUCCAGGUUGGAGUAAAGAGAAUCUCUCACAAUUCCAAACAAGGAAUGAAAGAAUUUGUUGCAGAGAUUGGCACCAUUGGUCAGCUGCGACACCCCAACUUGGUUCGAGUUCUCGGCUAUUGUCGAGGCAAAGAGGAGCUCAUUCUGGUCUAUGAUUACAUGCCUAAUGGCAGUCUUGACAAGUUCCUCUAUAACAAGACUGAGUUCAUUCUUAAUUGGAAUCAAAGGUUUAAAAUAAUCAAAGAUGUAGCAUUAGCACUCACAUAUUUGCAUGAAGAAUGGGCAGAAGUUAUCAUUCACAGAGAUAUCAAGGCUAGCAAUGUGUUGUUAGAUGCUGAAUUAAAUGCUAAACUUGGUGAUUUCGGACUUGCAAGAUGCAUCAAACACGAGCAGGAUAUUCAAACCACUCAUGUUGCUGGCACAUUAGGCUACAUUGCACCUGAGCUUGCUAGAAGUGGCAAACCAACUCCAAGCACAGAUGUUUAUGCAUUUGGGGCAUUCUGCUUGGAGGUUGCUUGUGGUAGAAGACCGGUGGAGCCAAAAACAUCAGCGAAGGAGAUGAUUCUGGUGGAUUGGGUUUACAGCUUUUGGAUGGAAGGGAAGAUCUUGAGUGCAACGGAUCCUAAACUCAAUGAAGAAUGCAAAGCUGAGGAAGUUGAACUGGUUUUGAAACUUGGACUGCUCUGCUCACAUAGUGUGGCAGAGGGCAGACCAAAAAUGUCUCAAGUUCUGAUGUACCUUAAAGGUCAAGCUUUACUCCCUGAAAAUCUGAAUGCUCAUGUCAAGGCACAGGAAGGAAGAGGAGAGUCUGAAAAUCAUGCCAUAUUGUGUUACUCUACACCAUCUCUAACAAUCACCCAUUCUCUCAUGUACACAGGUCGUUGAGUGGUCUAGUUAUAAGUGUUAUUAAACUCGGUCUGAGUCGGUCCGAGUUACAGGUUUAAUAGAUCAGGUUACACAAUGAAUAUAGUUUUUUAGUGAACUAAAUGUUUAUAGUUAAAGUGAAGCUAGUUCUAGACUCGUUCCCUUUACCCUUUGUAAGAGAUAAUUCUGGGAGGACAAUAUUUUUCUUUUCCUAAUUGAAUUAGAGGAAAUUCUCCAAUUAUUUUA